CCUAGUCAAUUGUGCUUGACCGUCCUUCCAGCUUCUCCUCCCCCUCCCACCAACCUACCUUUAGACGUCCGUCAUGUCUCACGAGGAGGAGACACAUCAGGAACAACAGCAGCCUGUCAUCGAAAAGGCCCCGUACGCUCAACUAGAGAUUGAGGAUGGAUCGGAUGAACAAGACACUGCAUUACCACCUCCCGCUACGGCUUCGCCCCAAAACUCAAGAGCCAAGCUCUCUGCCGCUGCUAUCAUCCCUGUAUGGAUCGUUCUCAGCUCUGGCGUCAUCAUAUACAACAACCAUUUGUAUAACGCCCUGCAAUUUCGCUAUCCCGUCUUCCUCGUUACAUGGCAUCUGACAUUCGCCACCGUGGGUACCCGUAUUCUCCAACGCACUACCAACCUCCUUGAUGGCAGUAAGGAAGUUCACGUAUCCAAGCAUAUGUUCAUACGCUCUAUACUUCCUAUCGGACUGCUCUUCAGUGGAAGCCUUAUCCUCAGCAAUACGGCCUAUCUGUACCUUAGUGUAGCUUACAUUCAGAUGCUCAAGGCUUUCACUCCCGUUGCCAUCUUGCUUAUCUCUUGGGCCUCACGCAUACAAGACCCUAACCGUAAGCUCAUGGUCAUCGUUCUCAUGAUCUCCUGCGGAGUGGCACUGGCAUCGCAUGGGGAAUUGCAUUUCAACCUCUAUGGUUUUGCAGUGCAGGCCGCUGCUGUUGCAUUUGAGGCUUCCCGCCUGGUGAUGAUCCAAGUCCUACUGCAUGGUUUGAAAAUGGAUCCCCUUGUCUCGCUGCACUACUAUGCCCCUGUCUGCGCAUUAAUCAAUCUCGCAGUCAUACCUUUUACAGAAGGCUUCGCACCGUUCUACGACCUCCCGCGUAUUGGGCCUCUUAUCCUUAUCUCAAACGCUUUGGUUGCGUUCCUACUCAAUGUUGCUGCUGUCUUCCUCGUAGGUGCAGGUAGUGGACUCGUACUCACCCUCGCUGGUGUUUUCAAGGAUAUUCUUCUCAUCAGCGGCUCUGUGCUUCUCUACGGGGCGCCAAUCACGCCUCUCCAAGUCUUUGGUUACUCCGUCGCCUUAUGCGGUCUCAUCCUUUUCAAGAUGUCGGGCGGAAAGUAACCUUGCUCACGUGGGGAUGGCAACUGCUCGUUCGAACAUGUUCGAGUUAGCAGUGUCAUAUAUCCACUUCUGAAGUUAUAUGUUAUCGGUUUUCCGUCGAUAGACAGUUGUUGAGGUGUCGAUGAAUUCGUGUUUUCCCGUUGCCAACCCUCGUCUUUCUUUCUCCGGUGCAACGUGUUGUCUUGACAGUCUCCGCUGCUAUGCGACCCCGAUAUCAAGCCGUUGUGUGGGUGAUUCCU